AUGUUGUGGCCGGCCUGCACUGUGGGUAUGGGAGAGGAAGCAGAACCAGGCUUAUCCCCUUCCCGUUUUUCCUUUUCUCGUCUGUCCUGCCCUCCCCUUCCGUCCCCUGCCUUCCCCUUCCGUCCCCUGCCCUCCCCUUCCGUCCCCUGCCCUCCCCUUCCGUCCCCUGCCCUCCCCUUCCGUACCCUGCCCUCCCCUUCCGUCCCCUGCCCUCCCCUUCCGUCCCCUGCCUUCCCCUUCCGUCCCCUGCCUUCCCCUUCCCUCUCCCUUGUCCUCUCCUUCCCUCUCCUCCGCCCUCCCCUUUCCUCCCCUGACCCCCCCUUCCCUCCCUUUCCCUGCGCUCCCCUUCCCUACUCUGCGCUGCCCUCUUCUUCCCUGCCCUCCCCUGCACUCCCCUGCCCUCCCCUGCCCUCCCCUGCCCUCCCCUGCACUCCCCUGCUCUCCCCUGCCCUCCCCUGCACUCCCCUGCCCUCCCCUGCCCUCCCCUGCCCUCCCUUGCCCUCCCCUGCCCUCCCCUGCACUCCCCUGCCCUCCCCUGCCCUCCCCUGCCCUCCCCUGCACUCCCCUGCCCUCCCCUGCCCUCCCCUGCACUCCCCUGCACUCCCCUGCCCUCCCCUGCACUCCCCUGCCCUCCCCUGCACUCCCCUGCCCUCACCUGCCCUCCCCUGCACUCCCCUGCCCUCCCCUGCCCUCCCCUGCGCUCCCCUGCCCUCCCCUGCCCUCCCCUGCGCUCCCCUGCCCUCCCCUGCCCUCCCCUGCCCUCCCCUGCGCUCCCCUGCCCUCCCCUGCCCUCCCCUGCCCUGUCCUGGCCUCCGCUCUCCUCCCCGCCUGGCCCUCCCCACCCUCCCCUCCACCCCCAGCCACAUGGAGCGGCGGGACCUACUGAGAGCAGCAGCAGCACCAUUCAACCGCACCCUCCACACGGCAGCACUCCCCUCCAUAAUGCUCGACUACUACGAGCUGCAGCCCCACCUCGGCGCGCGCCUGCGGUGCCGCGGCCCGCCCUGCCCCAAAUUCGGGCACUGCGGGCCAUCAUUCCCGCACAUACAAGCCUGCUGGAACGACCACCUCACCGACCCGCGCCCUCUCUUCCCCGCGGACCCGCUCAACUGCCCGCGCCUGCAAGUAAGGAAGUUUUUUGGAUUGAAACCCGUGGAGGAUGUGGGGAAGUUGCGGCGGCCGUGGUAUUAUAUCGAUAAGCAGUGCUCGCACCGCGUGGAUGUGAACGCGCGCGACGCCACCGCCAUGCAGGUGUUCAAGAUGAGCGAUGUGUACUCGGCGUUCGGGGGAUACGUGUUCAACUUAACGCAUCGCUUCAACCGCAACGGCUGCAAGCGCUUCCUCAAGGUGACACUCACACCCAACAUGACGUUGUACCAUUUGAAAUCGGUGUUCAACUGGGACUACCGCCAGGCGGGCAACUUCUACCAUUUCAUCAUCGAGGCCGUGCCGCUGCUCUACGCCGCUGCACGCCUGCUGCCCUCGCUGCUGCCCGACACCCCCAUCGCUGCCAAGGGCGACCAGGUAAUAAGGCGCGCUCUUGUCCCCACCUUCUUCUUCUUCUCUGUCCUCACUGCUCUGUCUGUGCCUCUGCGGCGCUGCCUACGCUGUCGCCUCCUGCCCUCACUGCCGCCAGACAUCCCCAUUGUUGCCAAGAGCGACCAGGUACCCUUUUCACUGCCUUCUUCUUCAUCUUCUCUCUCCUGA